AUGGACCGAGACAAUAGAAGCGACAGAGGCAUUCUCGAAAAAAGAGGGUACAGAAGGCCGCACGACCUGGAUCCUUCCAGAACGGUGCUUCCGCUGAAUGAAUAUGUUGGCGACAAAGAGAUCACCUCCCGCCUGUCGGUUAGAAACGUGGCGCUGCUGGACCCUGCAAGCCCUUUGGAUGCAGGAUACUCCAAGCUGCGCCAGUGGAUUGACGACUCUCUUGACGCCUUCAAAAACGAUCUGAACAACCUUCUGUUUCCUGUUUUUGUCCACUUGUAUCUGGACAUGAUAUCCAUACGGAGAGAGGCCGACGCAGCUGCGCUCAUGAGCGAGUUCAAAGAAGACUUUGUGGAGGUGCAUGCAAACGAAAUACGGCAGAUAGAAAUGGUCCGCGACAUCUCGAACCUCAAGGAAAACCAGCUGGCCAUGGCGUUUUUGUCGAACAAGUACCACCUAACCAUGGGAAAGUAUGCGUUUGACCUGCUGAUCGACUUUCUGGAGCUAAACGGGCUGCUCAAAAUAGGGAAAAUUGUAAACCAGUUUUUGAACAUAAAGGUGUUCACGGGGAAAGUGGGCGACGAGGUGGUGGACAUAGGGCUUGUUGGCGUGGCCGACUUUGACUUCAACAAGAAGGCCAUUGCGAGCGGAGUCCACUACAUCUCCCCAAAAGUGGAGGAGCUUGUGCUGACAGAGGAGCAGUACAAGUACGAGUACCUGGACCAGUUUCUUGGCAUUUUAAAAAAGAAGAAGCUGGAGAACAUGCCGCCUCCCAUCGACCGCGUGCCCGUUCCCAGCCCCUCAGCCUCGCAGAUCGCGUCGGAGAUCGACAAGCUGAGGGACCUUGCAAAGCGGAUGAAUGUGGGAAAGCACCAAAUGCCAAGCAUCUGCUGCUACACUGUACAUAACACGUUUGGGACGCUGUGCUGCUCAGACUACUCGGCCGACCUGAAGCUGGCUGCCUUGGGGUACUCCGACUCGUACAUUGAAAUCCACUCCCUCACCGACGAAAACCUUCUGAAGCUGAAGCAGAGCAUAUACCUGAAAACCCCGGAGAUGCGAACAGGGAAGGCAGACGACGCGCGCGACGACGUGGGGAAGGUUGUGCGCCUUAUUGGGCACUCUGGGCCCGUGUACGCGGUGAAGUUUUUCGCCAGCAAGAGGUUCCUUCUCUCGGCGUCCCAGGACAGCACCAUCCGACUGUGGUCUCUUGACACGUACUCGGAGAUAGCUGUGUACCAAGGGCACUUUUUCCCGGUCUGGUGCGUGGACAUUGCCUCGAACGACUACUAUUUCGCGUCUGGCUCCAGCGACAGAACCGCCUGCGUGUGGAGCGUGGAAAGCUCCAAGCCGGUCCGGCUGUUUGCGUCCUCUCUCAGCGACAUAAUGUGUGUGAAGUUCCACCCGAACUCGAACUACCUGUUCACCGGAAGCUGCGACUUUAAGAUCAGAAUGCACGAUCUGCAGGACGGAGAGCUUGUGCGCCUUUUCGUGGGACACAAGGACGCAGUCACGUGUCUGGAUGUGUCUGCGUGCGGAAAGCAUCUGAUUUCGGGAGGGAAGGACAAGACUGUUAUUCUGUGGGAUAUUGGAACCGGAAAAGCGCUGUUCAAGUUCACAGGGCACGACGGAUUUAUUUUUUCUGUGAGCUUUUCGUACUUCUCCUCGCUCAUUGUCUCUUCUUCCAGCGAUUGCACUGUCAAGCUCUGGGAUAAGUACAAGGGAGAGCUUGUUUCUACGUACUACACGAAGUCCACGCCCAUCAACAGGGCCGUGUUCGGGCACAGAAACAUCAUAUCCUGCCUCGGGGCGUACACGCCAAAGAAGUAA